UUUUUACUUUUGAUAUGAACUAUAAUAUAUGUAUAUACUAUUGUAUAUGUACUAGUGCACGCAAAAGACGCUUUUAUUGGAGUACAUACUUUGUGUUGUGCAUUGUGUAGUGUGGUAGAAAUAAAAAGAAGUAUAAGGAAAACGAAAUAUACGGAUCAAGUAAGAGAAACAUUUAAUUGCAUAAUGUACUGUUCUUGAUGUGUAAACUCUGGUUAUGGCUUUUUAAAAGAUCUCUUAUUGUUCUUUUAAUAUACUAUUCUUCCAUGCUCUGUACGUAUAUUAAAACGCUGAGGCAAAGUUACGUAUAAUUAUUUCUACGUAAUGAAUGAAAAUAUACAAAAUAAUAGGCUGAUUUCUUAGUAUAUAUCCUAAAAGAACACUAAUGAGAGUUUUCAAAGCACAAACCAGGAUAAAGAUUUGUAAACAUUUUUCUUCGAUAUUUAAGACCAGAUGAAAGAUUCAAGUGAAGAGUUAUUGCAGUUAUUAUCUGCGCAAAAAAUUUCAUCUCAUGAAACGAAAGAAAUUUAUACAAAUCAAGCAGCAUGUGAUGAUACUGGUUCAGAUAAUGGCAAUGCUUCCAAAACAGAAUUUAAGACUUCUGUAUCUCCAUUAUUUAGUCAUUAUAGAUACGGCUGUUCUUUUCUUCAUCAUGAUAAUUCUAUUAAUUUACCAAGUUUACCCACAUAUUUACCACCAAUUGGGGUAUUUUGGGACAUUGAAAAUUGUCAUGUUCCAAAAGGAAGAUCUGCUAUGGCUGUUACACAAGUGAUUAGAGAUAAAUUUUUUAGCGGUUAUCGAGAAGCAGAAUUUAUUGUUGUUUGUGAUGUUCAAAAAGAAAAUAAUCAUGUAAUGCAAGAAUUAAAUGAUGCACAGGUUAAUUUAAUACAUGUUGCCGCAACAUGUAAAAAUGCUGCUGAUGAAAAACUUAAACAGUCUAUCAGAAGAUUUGCUGAUAUUCAUGGUAGUCCAGCAGCAAUUAUUUUAAUAUCUGGAGAUAUUGACUUUGCUGCUGAUCUUAGUGAUUUAAGAUAUAGAAAAAAAAUUCAUGUGAUACUUCUUCAUAACAAAAGUACUUCAGAAGCAUUAAUAUUAUGUGCGAAUGAACAUUAUGAUUUUAUGGAUCUUAUGGAACCUCUGCCAUCUAGACCUUUAUUAAAGAUUAAUGAAUAUUAUGACCUAAUAAUAACUAAUCUUCCUGAAGAUAAGGAUGUUGUAGUUAUUAAACGACGUCUUCAAAAAAUGUCUGAUAAUUGCGGUGGUCGAGUAGUCAGAAUCAAAUUUAAAACUGCCAUUGUACGUUUUGCUUCAAAAACUUCUGCAAAAAGGGCUCAGAAACGUAUGGAUGGAGAAUAUGUUUUUGAUUCAAAGAUUUCGGUAAGAUUUUACAAGGAAACGGGAAACAGUAACAAUAAAAGUCAAGGAAAUUCCAUAACUCGAAAUCGUGCUCUAAGUGAAUCAGAAAUUAUAGCAAACUCUUUUAAGCAAAUGUAUAGUGCAAGUGCUUCAAUAGCGGGUGCACGAACCCUUCAAGUUCCACAUUAUCAAUCAUCAUCGCCUGUGGUAGGACCAUAUACUACUUGGACAGGAGUACCUUGUGCUUCGGGAAUGAUUCAACCACCACCAAUUUUUGUGGCUAGACCAUAUUCAGCGAGUAGUGAUGUAACAUUUAACAGGAGUUAUAAUGAAUUAACUAGAGUUCAAUCUCCAUUGAUUUGGCAAGUUGCUGGCUCCCAGCAUUUCAGUAAUUUAUGGGAAGACCAAUAUAAGCCGGAGAAAACAAAACUGUCAAGCAAACGAAUUCAUGCCCCUCAAGCAAGGGACAGUAGUGCGUCUAAUAGUACAAUAUCAAGAACACCAGAAUGUCUUAGACCUAUCAAAGGUGGUCACAGUUCAUUUAUUCAUGCUUCAGAAUGGGCAGUACAUUCUCAAACAAAUACUUUUAAACGUCGCAGUCCAUCUCCUAUGUAUGAAACUCAAAAACAUGAGCGAAAUAAUCAGUGGAAUGGACAAAAUCAACAUUCUGUAUUUAUACGUAAUACCAGAACACCUUCGCCAUAUGAAGGUACUAUGGUUCGAGUUAUAAACCAGCAAAAUAAUCAUUUCUCUCCGUACCAACAAAAUGAUUCAGAAAAUGAAGAAGUAGAAAAAUUUUUUCAUCCAAUUAAUCGUAAUGGAAAUGGUUCUACUAAUGGAAGUUAUACACCCAUUGAAUUACAAGUAAGCAAUUUAGAUCAGAACAUUGAUCCAAAGGAAAUGAAGCAUAUUCUUUCAACUAUUUUCAUGGAGCACGUAACAGUUUUGCACAUAUCUAUUUUUAUGCAAUCUGAUGGUAAUUAUGCAGCUAGUGUCAAAGUAGCUUCUUUGCCAGAUGCACAAUAUGCAAUUUCUCAAUUACAUCGUCGUAAAAUUGGAUAUAAACGUAUACUAAUAUCGUAUGCUCAUACUGGAGGUACAAAUCCACAACUUAUACGUGCACAGAUUGUAAUGCUUUUGCAAGAAGUACCAGGUCACAAAUUGCCACUUUUUAAAUUUAGAGAAAUGUAUGAAAGUCGUUUUAUGAUAUCUAUUAGUAUUUCUGAAUUGUAUAAAAUGAAGGAUGUAUGUAUUGUCACUGAAGAUAUUAAUGGGAGAAUGGUAUCUCUUAAUCCAGAUCAUAGAAAUACACCAUCUCCAUGUUUUAGUACUCCAACUCAGGAAGGAUAUGUAGAAUUACCGUAUUGUACUAGACAUACAUCAAAACCAUGGACUGAUAAAGGUUGGGCUGAGCAAGAAAUGGCAUCUCUGCCAAAUGUUAAUAUUUCUCUAAAAUUACUUGCCCCGCGUAUACAGCAAUUAUUAACUAUGCACAAUGGAAGUUUGCCACUACCAAGUUUGCCAAAUUGCUAUGCAGCUGAAUUUCAAGAACAUUUGAAAGUGAUAGAAAAUGGUGUACCAUUAGAACAUUUAGUAUCGUGUCUAUCUUUUGUUCAAUUAAAGCAAGGUAUUGGAAGUGUCAAAUACCUUAGUUGGGCUGUAGAUAAAGAUCACGAUGAUAGCCAUGAAGAAAAUAAGUGUGUUAGCCCUCCAUUAGCAAAUCAAUUGGCUUUGUUUAGCCGUGAAUUAGUAGACCUUUUGAAAACUGCUCCGCACUGCCAACUACCAUUUAAUCGAUUCAUUCCUGCUUAUCAUCACCAUUUUGGGAGACAAUGUAGAGUGGCUGAUUAUGGAUUCACCAAAUUAAUCGAUUUAUUAGAAGCACUUACACAUACUGUUCAAGUAAUGGGAGAAGGAAAUAAACGAGUAGUAACACUUUCUCAUCGUGCUCAAGUACGUCGUUUUACAUCAGAUCUAUUACGAGUAUUAAAAUCAAAAGCUAGUAAACAAGUAACACUUUCAGAAUUUCCAAAUGUUUAUAGUAGAGUGAUAGCCAAACCAUGGGAUAUUGUUGAUUAUGGUGUAUGUGAAAUAGAAGAUAUUCUUGGCGAAGUAUCAGAAAAUACAGUAGUUAUGACUGCAAUUAAUGGAGGCGAUAAAAUGAUAGCUAUCCCUAAACGUGAACAAACUCCAGAGGAAAUAGAGCGUACAAAACAAUUUGCAUUUGAGGUUGUAGAAUUAUUGAGACAUGUUCCUCAAUGUAAGAUGUUGUUUAAUAAAUUUGUGCCAUCUUAUCAUCAUCACUUUGGUCAUCAGUGUCGUGUAUCAGAUUAUGGAUUUACUAAAUUGAUAGAAUUGUUUGAAGCUAUACCAGACGUAGUGAAAAUUGAAGAUGGAAGCAAUGGUGAAAGACAAAUUAGUUUAACAGAAAAAGAGGGCUUGCGUGUUUUAAGUGAACAGAUAUCAAAGCUAGUAACUCAUUCAAAAAGUGGUCUUAGCGUUUCCCAUAUUGUUCAGAACUUUUUACGACAAUUUGGCUAUGCAUUACGUCCUGAAUUAUUUGGCUGUAAUUCUGUAUUACAACUCAUGCAAAAACUUGAUGAUAGUGUUAAGAUUAUAGAUUUAGCUACGGGACCAGUGGUUGUUGCAAUCGAUAAAUCUCACUUACAGCAGUUAGCUUUGCAAUGUCGUAGAGUAUUAAUGGAUCAACCCCAAUAUAAAAUGCCUAUACAAGAAUUUCAAAAGCAAUAUUCUCAAUAUUAUUCAAAAACUUGCAAUAUUGAAGAACUUAAAAAAGAUUUAUCUCAUGUUGUUCAGUUUAAAACAAUCAAUGAAGAAAAUUUUAUAGAACUAACUUCAUUAUAUUGCUUUGCAUGCAAUUUGUAUCGUGUUAUGAUGAGUUGUGAAGGUCAAUUAAAUCUUUCACGUUUUGAAGCUGCAUAUUUAGCAGUUAAUGGUUCUGCAUGUAGAGCUGCUCAAUAUGGUUUUCCAACAUUGACAGCUCUCUUGCAAGCAUUACCUUGUACCGUAAUAUUAAAGGAUACACGGAAAGAUAAACGAAAAAAGAAAGUAAUAUACCUUAAUAAAAAAUUAGCUGCUGUUGGUAUUGCAUUACCUUCCACGUAUGCAUCAGGUUCAUCAUAUCAUGAUACAGAUUCUAGCAAUGAGUCAUUUGAAAGCGAUUCUUCAUCGCGUAUAAAUGCCUCUAGUAAUGCUUCCACAUUAGAAGAAUAUGGAAAAUGGAUAACUCACGCAAUUAAUGGUCAUGGUUCUUGGAAACAAAAUGAAGACAAUCAUUUUUGGACACAAGAUUGUGAAAAACAUUGGAAAGUCUUAACGCAUUUAGAAGAACGAGCUAAUAAUUGGCCAUUAUUUGAAAAUAACAAUGAAGGUCUUAAAAAUUUUAUACAUACACCAACAAUCAUGCAGAACGAUUUUCCACCUCCUCCACCUAAGCCUGAUUCGCCACCUGAGGUGGAUAUAAGAACGAAUAAUCAAUGGAAGUCAUCAGUAUGGAUAGCACCGACAAAAAUUUUAUAUUCGCAAGAUGAACGAGUUACAAAUGUAAAUGUACCUCCAUUAACUUUACCUGCUUGGAAUCAAAUGUCUGAGGAUGAUAUAUUAAAUUUGUUAUCACCAACUAAAAACUUAUUACCAGCCGCUGCAAAUCCCCUAAAUCCGCGUACUUCGCCUUAUUAUUCAACCAAGCAUAAUCUAGUUGUAGCACCACAUCCAUCCGAAUUACCGCUACCGUCAUUGUCGCUAACACCGAAAAAAAACGCAUCUUCUGAAAGCAUUACAGUUACACGAGAUAGCAUAGAAAAACAAGAUGUUAAUUCUGACAAUGUUGGUGAUGUUUGUAAUACAGAAAAUUUCGAAAAAGAAAAUAAUCUUGGUAAUAGAAAGAAAAAUGAACUUCUCAAUACUCCUACUAAACCAUUAUUUACAGGAAAACGACGUUUGGCAGCUCAAUUCAAUCAACCUCUUCAAUCUUAAACAUAAAUUGAGACCUAUAACUCAAUCGAAUUCAGGCAAUCGUUUUAAUUUAAAGAUAUUGUUCAUUUGUGAUGCGCUUGCAUCCAAUGCAAGAUAUUCUUGUUCACAAACAAUAUACACGUUUAAGAUUUUAUCUCGCCGGUAGAUCGCUGCACAAUCAUUUGAGUACUUACACAUAAAACUAUCUUUUAGUCGGUAGGUACCUCUGUCUGAAAUUUAUAAUGUUCAUUCAUAUGCAUUCAUUUAAUUUGUACUUAUCUUACUAGAAUAAAAACAAAAACAGAAGUUAUUUUCAAAAUAUAUGAGCAUGUACAAUAUGUAACUACAGUUUCUAAAUUGAAAAUCUAAAAUGAGUGAGCAGCGUUUAUAUCGAAUGACACGUAUUUAUGGUAUUGCAUACAAAAGUCGUAGCAUUUUCCACACACUGUGAUAUAGAAUAAGAAGAAUGUGAAAAUAAUUGUACUAGCAAUAAAGGAAAUGUGCCUUCGCAAUGGCACUCUCUCGCAAGGUA